AUGGCUGAAUUGGUUGGCGAAACUGUGACGACUGAAAAUGGAAAUCAAUGUGAGUUUUGAGAUUCAAAGUUUCAGCUGAAAUAUGAACUACUUUCAGAUAAAAUCAUGGGAUUUUUGGGUGCUGGAGCGUUUGGGCAGAUAUUUGAGGUGCAGAGUGGAGAUGUAAGUUUUCAUGGAAAUUGGAUUCUGAAGAGAUAAUCGAUAUUUUCACCUGGAAAUCUGUUUUUCGCAGAAAGUUCAGCUAUUUGGCGAUAUUUAAGAGAAGAAUCUGUUUUGAAAAAUCAGCAGAAGCUGAUGCAUCUUUUGAAUAUAAAUUCGAUGAGAAAAAUUCCGAAUUUCAAAGAAAAACACUUGAUUUUCUUUGAAACACCCUGUUCAACUAGGGUUUCGCGAAAUUUCAGCUUGUUGCCUGAAUUCCAGAAAAGUAUUUGGUUUCAAAAGAAUCAGCAGAAGAUGGCGCAUCUUUUGAAUAUAAAUUGGAUGUGGAAAAUUUAAGAUUUCAAUUAGAAAACCAGAUUUUCACCUAAAAGCUUGUUUUUUUUUGGGGAAGCCUGUUUUCUCCCCGAAAUUCAACCUUUUUCGCAUCAAAUCUAUAUUCAAAAGAUGUGCAAUCUUAUUCUGAUCCUUCUGAUACCAGAAUCCACAAAUUUCGUUGCGGAAAUCUCAUAAUUCUAUUCAAAAUCCACGUUUCUCUUCUAUUUUCAUUCAAAACCAUCAAAUGUUUCUUUCCAGAAUCAACCGCUCGCAAUGAAAAUCCACCGAAACAUCGAAAAAGAGCUGCAUCAAGUUGAAACCGAUAUGAUGGAACUUGUGGCCAAGAAAGCAAAAUCAAAGUAAUUUUUCCCUCAAAUUCAGUUUCAAAAUAUUUAUUUUUCAGAAAUAUCGUGAAAAUGCAUGAAUUCGGCGAUUUGAAAAAUGAAAAAUCGACAAACGUGUUAUGCGAUCGAUAUAUUAUUAUGGAUUUGCUCGGACCAUCGAUUUUUCAAGUUUUGGAUUCGGAACAUCCAGCCUGUUUUGAAAGUGAGGAUUUUAGCUUUUGGGAAAUUGAAAUUAGCUGAAAAUGUUGAUAUCGAUGAGAAAAUCAUUGAAAUUCCAUCAAUAAUUGCUCAUGUUAUGUUUUUUCCUUGAAAUGUUGAAUUUUGAUAAGUAAAAUCGUGAGUGAUCCCGUAAACGCGGAGUAUCGUUGUUUUCUUUUUAAAAAUUCACGUUUUAUUCAUCAAAAAUCAGAUUUUCGCGGGAAUUUCAAGAUCUAUGCACUAGAUCAAAGGUUCCAAUUCUUUAAAUUUUUUAAUCAAAAUUUCAGCCGAUUUCGAAAAAUCAUUCUUUUUAACAAUUAAAAACCAAAAAUCGAUACAUUUUUAUUUCAGACAGUGACAUAAUCCAAAUUGGCUAUCAAGUCUGCUCGGCGAUGGAAUAUCUGGAAUCUUUGAAAAUAUUGCACCUGGAUUUGAAGCCCGAGAAUAUUUGCUUUGUAAAAAUCGAUAAUUCAGUGAAAUCUCGACGAAUUCAAGACCAACAACCAAUUAUUCAAAUGGAAAACACACAAAUUCGCCUAAUCGAUUUCGGAACAGCAAGACGAAUCGAUAAAAGAGAAUCGAAGGUGAAUUUCGAAGUUCAAACACAAAACUAUAGAGAACCUGAAGUUUUUCUUGGAUUAGGAUUCAACGAGAAAUCAGAUGUUUGGUCAUUUGGAUGUUUGUUGUCUGAAUUGUACACUGGUCAAUUAUUGUUUUUCGGCGAUGAGAGAAAGAAUUCGGAAGAAUCGCAAUUGGAUGUUAUGCAGACGGUUCUUCGAAGAGCAAUUCCUUAUUAUAUGUAUGAAAGGGCUUUCGAUUCUGAGUAAGGAUUUGCGAGGGGUUUUGGGACAUGAAAAUGUGCUUUUGAACUCUAAUUUUCCCAUGAUUUUAAUUUUUCUCUAAUGAAUUCCAAGAGUUUAGUUGAUUUUCGCGUAUAUAUUGUCAAAAAUUAAUUAUUUACGAGUAAUUUUCAAUUUUUUAGCUAUAAUUCUGAUAUUUUUACCAAAUUUUGUUAUAAAACCCGUUUUUCAGCAGCAAUAAGGUGGAAUUAUCCGAAACGGGAAUCAGUUUUCAUAAAUUCAAUCCAACGCCGCUCAAGGACAUCGAAACGAUUUUUGUAAGUUUUAUCCAAAAUUGCUCCGAAUUCUCCCCGAAAAUCCAUUUUUUUUCAGACAAAUGUUCGAAUCAACGAUUUCAUUGGUUGUCAAUUAUUCGAUCUCAUUCUCGAUUGUUUGGAAAUGGACCCAGAAGAUCGACCGAAGUUUGCGGAUAUCAGCAAAAAUCGAUUUUUUGAUGAUGUUCAUGAGAUUGUCCAAAUCGACUGA